CAAAGCUGUCAAAUAUUUUAUGAACGAACAACAACAAAAACUGUGAGAGAAAAUUUAGGAGUUUCAGAAAAUGUUUCCAAUUUAUUGAAAAAAAUAGUCGUUUUGCAUUGAACAGUGUUUCUAUUUAUCCAUAAAAUAAUCUACUGUACAGCUGAUUUUUGAAAAAAAAAAAUUCGAUUCCUUUCCAGCCACUACCCAAUUGGACCUAUCGGUUUGUGUUGAUUUGGACAUGAACGAUCGAUUGCUAAAAGUGGGCCAACGGAUCGAAGUAUCCGGUAAGGAUGUCCGGGGCUCGAUUGCGUACGUCGGGAUGACCUCGUUUGCGGUGGGCAAAUGGGUUGGUGUCAUUCUGGACGAACCCAAGGGAAAGAAUAACGGAUCGAUCAAAGGACAGACGUAUUUUUCGUGCGAGGAGAACUAUGGAAUGUUUGUUCGCCCCACUCAGUUGUUAUUCCUUGACGAUGCAGGUAAUGCAAUUGAGGCAGGAGAUAUUCAAACCCCGGAAGAGAAGCCACGAUCUCGGUUGAGCAGUUCCAAGCGUGCUCCUUCCAGUAACAGAUCAAACGCUGGAUCGGUUCGUUCGCUGGCAUCGAUGCCAGGCUCUACUCCUACCUUUCAAGCGAAACCAACAGCCGUACGCCGAAAAUCACCGGUCAAGCAGCCCCAGUCGAAGCGCGCCUCGAUGUCUAUGACACUCUCGACGUCCAGCUCCCGUGCGUCGUUGAAUCGCAGCACCAGUUCGCUGGGAUCCAAAACCCAACUGACCUCCCCGGGGAAUGAUCGUCCGUCUGGCAUGUCCUCGAUCCCCACCCCGGUUUCAUCCAUUCCUACCAUGAUCAAAGCCGGCGAUCGGUACGAAUCGUUGCACAAGUCGCACAUCAGCCCACCGGAGUCACUGCAAACCUCGAAGCGGGCUUCCUUCGUGGAAACCGGAUUCGUUGAAACUCUUAAGCCUCAAUUCACCCCUGGACAAUCGUUGACUUCUCCUUCUCCGGCUCCCUCUACUGAGGAUCGCAUCCACCUACUGCAGAUGCAGCAGGAGAUUGAGGAUUUGAAAACGCAAAACAAAGACCUCAUUGAAAAACUUGAAACGCUGAAAGUUCGUCGUGCGGAAGAUAAGGAACGUCUUCGUGAGUUCGAUAAGAUGAAAACUCAGUACGACCAGCUGGUGGAAUUCAAGAGCAAAAUCAUGGAUGCGCAUUCGCAACUACAACGUGACUAUCAGAGAGCCAAGCAAGAAGCUAAGGAUGCGAUCGAAGCUCGCGACUUGCAUAUUGAAGAAAUGGCCGAAUUGUCCGAGAAUGUUGAGAUGAUUACACUAGAUAAGGAAAUGGCCGAGGAAAAGGCCGAUACCUUAGCCCUAGAGUUAGAGACUGCUAAAGAAAGGAUUGAAGAACUAACAUUGGAUUUGGAAAUUCUUAAAACCGAAAUGCAAGAAAAAAUGGCAGGCGGUGAAGUGGUGGCCGAUGGCACAGGCUCUGGCGUUUCAACCUACGAAUUCAAACAACUUGAACAGCAGAAUGUGAGACUACGGGAAACGUUGGUACGUCUUCGAGAUCUCUCAGCACACGAAAAGCACGAAAUUCAAAAACUGGAAAAGGAGCUAGAUACUAAGAAGUCCGAGGUCGCCGAACUACAGCGCACGAAAGAAAAAUUGUCUUCGAAAAUUGACGAAUUGGAAGCACAGCUCAGUGAUCUACAGGAACAGGUUGACGCAGCUUUGGGUGCAGAGGAGAUGGUAGAACAACUGGCGGAGAAAAAGAUGGAAUUGGAAGAUAAAGUCAAGGCAUUGGAAGAAGAGGUAGCCGAACUAGAAGCACUGGAAGAAGUUCACGAACAGUUGGUCGAGAGCAAUCACGAACUGGAGAUGGAUAUGCGGGAGGAACUCGAUAUGGCUCAUGCAGCGAAGCGAGAAGCAGUUCGAGAGAAGGACGCCGCUUUAGAGACAAUCGUCGAUCGCGAUCAAACCAUUUUGAAGUUCAGGGAACUUGUUCAGAGAUUGAACGACCAAUGUUUAGAGCUUAGAGAUAAAAUGCACCAAGAAUCAAGUAAGGUCGUUAAAGAUACUCUUUCGGAAACGAUAGACUUCAAACAGAUGUUCGCCGAAUCGAAAGCCUUUACUAGAGCUAUCGAUUUACAGUUGCGCCAGAUCGAGUUGACGCAAGCGAAUGAACACGUCAAGUACUUAACCGCGUUCAUGCCUGAAAUAUUUAUGGCCCGUGGCGGUGACCACGAUGCAAUAUUGGUAAUUCUCCUGGUUUCUCGAAUUGUUUUUAAAUCGGGUAUCAUCGUCAGCCAAGCUAGGGAACGGUUUUCAUCCGUACCGCAAAUCGACCGUAAUGCAAUCGUCAGCGGACAUGAAGUCUAUCAGUUCCGCUUCCGCUCAAGGUUGUUACACCAUGUGCACAACUUGCAAACCAUUAUGCAUCAGUUCCUGUAUGGCCUCACUGCAUGUUCAGCCGACACGUUGCUGAAGAUUGGUUCAUCUUUGCCGGAGAUGCAGGCGCAGGAAAAAAUGGUCGAUGAAAUUGUGGAACUGCUGAAGGUUAAUCAGCUGGAUGAGAACUCUUCCACUGAUAAUCUUGAGAAGUGCGUCACCUUCUUUAAUGCCAUGUAUUUGGUGCUGCUGUCCGGUGAAGAUCUGCUUAACGAAACCCAAAUUGUACGUGAUUGCACUGCUGCCAUUUCGGCGGCCUGUGAUUCAAUAUCGACCGAUGCUGUUGUGAUGAAAACACUGAUUCAGAGCGGAGAUGAGACCAGCGAUUCGGGUCUUUUAAUGCAGUACAUCACCCAGAAUAUUGAUUCAGUAAAACAACAACUUAAGCUUACUAAACGACGUCUGCCUCAAGACGUCAGUAUCACCAAAUGCAAUCUUUCAAUGAACACGCUUCAAAAUUUGAAAAAGACAGCCGAGGCUCUCAACAAGUUAAUGAGCGUCAUGUUCUACAGCGCCAAACAAGUUGUUCAAAUGGUAACUGCUGAUCCGGAAUCGGAAGUAUCCGUAUCGCAUGAUAAGCUUUGGGAAAUGAUAUCCAAUGCCUGCGAGAAAGUUUACGAGCAGGAUGAUUUGGGUCCAUCACAGAACAUUCGAACAGUGCUGAGUAAGACCAGUACCGAUAUGAGUCAGUUGGCACAAUAUCUGCUCGACCACGAGUACGAAAUCAUGUCCGGAACAAACACCAAACCAGAGGAGAAGCCCGUAGCGCCCAUCAUCCUACGCGCUCAAGCCGUCAAGAAACAAUUGGAAGAAACUAAAACACUUACAGCAACCCUGGAAAAUCGUGAAGCCGAAAUAAGGCAACUCAAGUUAGCGGCCAAACUGAAGCAGAACGAGCUGUCUGAGAUGCAGAUUCGCAAGGACUUGGCCGAGAAGAAACUCUCAGUUUUACAGCAAGAUCACGAAACCAACACUGCCAGACUUCAGAAACAAUACGACGAAGUCUGUCAGCGGCUCAAACAGAAAGAGAAGGAAUUCGAAGAAACCAUGGAUCAUUUGCAAAACGAUAUCGAUUCAUUGGAGAGUGAGAAGAGCAGUCUCCGUGACAAACUUAAGACCUACAGUUCUAAGAAGGGAGAUCUUAAAACCACAACUGCCCUUGACAUCUCCGCCAGUUCACCAUAUAUCGCCCAAGAGCUAUCGUUGCUUAAAAAGGCCUUCAAGGACGAACGCACCGAACGGCUAAAAGUCCAGGCCAAUGAGUACAAGAAAAUACUCGCCAACUUGGAACCGUUGCACGUUCCUCAACCUAAGGACGAACGCAUCGAGAAGCUAGAGAAGGAAAUCACCAAGGUUAAACACGAUUGGAUUAUGUCACUCGUUCGGGGUGCAGAGAUGCCCGUUACGAGAACUUCACAAGGCAGCGUCUCCAAGGCAAUCAUCGACCACGAAAACCAGCAGAAGCGCAACCAGCAGCAGAUCAAAACAAAGGCCGAACAGUUAGCGUGCGAGAUCAUGGACGAGUAUCUCAGCAGGAAGCCCCACCGUGCGGCUCGGGGAGACUUUGCAAUGUUUCCGUCGACCGAACUGGCCGCGGCCUUCAAGACGAACGUCAAAGUGUAGAGCGUGGGAUGAAAAUGUAAGUCCUGUUUAUUUUGAAUAAUUUAAUAUUAUAAUGGAUAUUUGGUUUAGAACCCUAUUUGAAACAAUCCCCACGGAUUGGCGAAAUCUAAAUCAGGUGCAAACAAAAUUAAAAAUAAUUCCAUAUUUACGGUUUACGACUAAGAUUCCAGUUUUUUUUUGUGUUAUUUAUUACGUCAGUAAAUCAAAAUUAGGUUAUAUAUAAAAUUGAAGUCUCCAACAUAUUUAUUUUGUUACUAUAUCUGUUUCAUCCGUUCUUCUUUGCUAUGCGUGCUAACUGUUCUAAAAGUAUAAAACAAAAGUAAGUAAACCAACAGAUUGAAAAUUUAAUGAUAAGACUGGAAUGAAUAUUUUUUUAGUCUUUCGUCUCCUUCAGCUUAUCAUCAAAACAAUUUUUUUGAACAGAAUUUUUUUUAACGUUAAAAUAUUCAAACCUCAUAACUUACGAAAGAAAAAAUACUAGGAAUCCGAAUAUCUCAUUGUUUUUAAAUUUAUGCUCCUAAUAAUUUGAUAGCCUGGGACGAAAGAAGAAAUUAAUAUUUGCUCUGACCUGACACAAAAUAUUAACACAGCUGAUUGAGAUGAAACGCUUGAAAGUCUCGUAAAUAAAAUAACAAUAAUAUUCAUGUA